AUGACGAUUCGAUUUAUUAAUGAUCCAACAGACGGUGAAACAUUCAGAUAUCAGAAUAAGUUGCCUAAGUUACCUAUUCCUAAUCUAGAAGACACCGCUAAGCGUUAUUUAGCUGCUCUCAAGCCUUUACAAUCAGAAGAAGAACAUGCAGCUUCUAUCCAAUCUGUAAACAACUUUUUACAAAAUGAAGGACCUGCUCUUCAAGAGAAGUUGAAGACAUAUGCUACUGACAAAUCAUCCUACAUAGAGGAAUUUUGGUACGACUCUUAUCUCCAUUACACCGAUCCUGUAGUUCUGAACUUGAACCCAUUCUUCUUACUCGAGGACGAUCCUACGCCUCAGCGAAACGAUCAAAUCAUCCGUGCUUCUUCACUUAUCUACUCCACCCUUACUUUCGUUCAUGCUUUGAGAACCAAACAUUUGGAGCCUGACGUGAUUCGUGGUACACCUCUUUGUAUGUCUCAAUUCAAUCGCCUGUUUGGUACAGCACGUAUUCCUACAGAAACAGGAUGCUACAUUGCACCCGACAAUCAGGAUGAAAGCCGUCAUAUUGUUGUAUUGGCACAUUCUCAGUUCUACCACUUUGAAGUGUUUGACGAAUCUGGUGAUUUUGUGCUUACUGAGAAAGAGAUUGCAGCUAAUUUGAGAGCUAUCUUGAGAGACGCAAACGAAACACCAGCCGCAGAAGUUGCUAAAAACGCAGUGGGUGUCUUAACCACGGAGAACCGUCGAAAUUGGGCAAGAUUACGUAAACAACUAAAAAGUGAUCCUGUGAACAGAGCCAAUUUAAAAGUCAUUGAUAGUGCUUUAUUCAUGGUGUGUCUUGAUCACGUUAAGCCUACUUCAUCUGAAGAGUUGAGCAAUAAUAUGUUAUGCGGUACUUAUAACCUAGAAGGAGGAAUGCAAGUAGGAACAUGUACUAACCGUUGGUACGAUAAGUUGCAGAUCAUCGUGUGUCAGAAUGGUAGUGCAGGAAUAAACUUUGAACACACAGGCGUUGAUGGUCAUACUGUAUUACGCUACGUUUCCGAUAUCUACACAGAUACCAUUUUACGCUUCGCAAAAACUAUUAAUAGCCAAACGCAGUCCAUUUUCCAUAAUUAUCGCCAAAGAAGAAAUAGUAGUAACCAAGGAAGCGCAUCAGGAUUUUUCGAUCAUAAUCCUAGGAAGAUUGAAUGGCAUAUGACAGAAGAAGUCGAGUUAGGUGUCCGUUUUGCCGAGACGAGACUGAGCGAUCUAAUUCUGCAGAACGAGAUCAAAGUACUAGAGUUCGAUAAUUAUGGCAAAAAUUUUAUAACAGACAUGAAGAUGAGCCCUGAUGCUUUUGUACAGAUGGCUAUCCAAGCUGCUUAUUAUGGACUUUACGGUAAAAGUGAAUGUACCUACGAGCCAGCUAUGACAAAAGCCUUUCUACAUGGGCGUACAGAAGCCAUUCACUCAGUUACUCCUCUCUCUUGCAAAUUCGUUCAAACUUUUUAUUCUGAAAAAGCACAACCCUCAGAAAAAUUGCAGUCUCUUAGAGAAGCGUUGAAGGCUCACACUAUGAUUACUAAAGAAUGCUCGCAAGGUCAGGGCCAAGAUCGUCAUCUGUAUGCUUUAGAAUGUCUUUGGGAUAGACUUUAUAAGAAUGAAAAGAAGCCACAAAUUUUCACAGACGCAGGUUGGAAAACGCUUAACAAUACUGUUAUUAGUACCUCUAAUUGUGGAAACCCAGCUCUUCGUCUGUUCGGGUUCGGCCCUGUUGUAUCUAAUGGCUUUGGCAUUGGUUAUAUUAUCAAAGAAGAUCGUAUUUCGUUUGCCGCUUCAUCAAAACAUCGUCAAACAGAACGUUUUUUGCAAUCCCUCAAAAACUAUCUUAUUGAUAUAAAGACCAUGCUGCUCAAGGAAAAAUAUCCAGGUGGUGUAUCUCAACGGCAACGCAUACUUGCUUUGGAAGAACAGGAAUACCAAAUACAGAUUAAUGGCUAUGGCUACUUUGAUGCGGGCUAUGAACCAAACAAUGAGCAGCAAACUCUUUCAUCUGUCAAAGAAGCUACCCAAGUGACAGCAUCUUCGACUUCAUCCGAUUAUGCCGCUGAUCAAAAGCAUCACGAUCCUUCCAAGAUUAAUCAUCGUAUCGGUAAGCGUUUGGUUAUCCGUGAAAGUGAAGAUUAG